CCUGGACCGCCCAGGCGCCCAUUGAGUGACCAAGAGAAGCACGAGCACGGAAAUAACAUCUCUGAAAAUGGCCCAGCACACUCGGGCGAGUCGCAAGUAUCUCCGGGCGUUCGUGAGCGGGUUCUUCGUGGCCGUGCCAGUCACCGUCACUGUCCUGGAUCGCAUGGCGUACGUGGCCCGGGUAGAGGGGGCGUCCAUGCAGCCCUCGCUGAACCCUGAAGGAGUGUCUGCGUCUGACGUGGUCCUUCUGAACCGCUGGAGCGUGAGGAACUACCAGGUCCAGCGUGGAGACAUCGUGUCCGUACUGUCCCCCAAGAACCCCCAACAGAAGAUUAUCAAGCGGGUCAUUGCCCUGGAGGGAGACUUCAUCAAGACUCUUGGCUAUAAGAAUCGCUAUGUGAGGGUUCCUGAUGGGCACUUUUGGAUAGAGGGAGACCAUCAUGGCCACAGUCUGGACAGCAACAGCUUUGGACCGGUGUCUCUGGGACUGAUUCACGGCAAGGCCUCCCACAUAAUCUGGCCGCCCAAUCGGUGGCAGAGGAUUGAGCCAUCCCUGCCCCCUGAACGAGGGCCGUUACUGAACUGGAACACGACGCCCGAGGAAGAUGAGGACUGAGGAAGUGCUGUCUCCUCCCAGCCUGCACAGUGACUAUAUACUGAGUCACGUCCCCCUGAAAUGGAAGAUCUGACUCCUGACAGACAGAUCAUGUCAAUAGGACUUCAUUGUUUCAGUGGCUCAAUAGCCUUUACACAGUAUGUCAUGUUGAACACCAAGAUAAUAAGUAUAUUUGUUGUCGGAAUUUCAAAGCAACAAAUUGUUUGACCUGCUUUGAAAAACUUGGAACGUGGAGGAAGCCUUUAGUGGGAAACUGGCCUCGAUUCAGACCGGAAACAUAAAUACCCGUCCUAUAUGUUCUUAGAUGGACUUUCUAAGUGAAAUUGAAAAUGAAAAAGUCAAGUUCAUGGAAAUGGGUGUUCACAAAUCAGUGUGUGUGUAAUGGAAUGAAAAUGUUUGAAUUC